CACUUAUAUUUCAGAUCAGACCUCUGGACACACACACUGCUCUCUCUCUCUCCCUCUCUGCGGGCCGACCAUAAACUCUCAAAAUCUUCUGAAGGAACUCAACACUUCUUCAGGCGUCUGUUCUUAUUGGUUAGCUCGUCUCUUUCAGAUUUUAUUUACUUUGUUUUCGAGGCGUUUGACCUUGAAAGCUGUCUCGACUUGAAACCGAACAGAAAUACGCAAAAGUUUGACUUAAGAAGAACACUCAAACGUAUCACUCUUCUGGAAGUCAUCUGUACCCGAGUGAUCACCUACUGCGUGAGAACACCCUGCUGCUGGCUGCUGAGAAUCGCUGAAUCUGUGAGAGCUGUCUUGCUCAGCGGCACCUCAACGACAGCUGUUAAAGAAGAGGACAGCAGCACUUCACCAACUUUAAGGUUUUCUUCAGUCUGCUGCAGCUCUACUUUUUGAUCAGGUUUGUGCUUGUGCAUGUAAAAUAGAUACUGAAUAUAAAACUUUGGUUUUAAACUAUUUGCACUCUAAUCAGUAAGUCCCUAGAUGACUGUUUAUUUGCCCGAGGGAUUUUCUAUCUUUGCUGUGUUUAGUAUCAUUAUUAUUAACAAUGCACGGCUGCUCUGUGCAAUAUACUGCGUUAAAUAUGAUAUAAACAAAAAUAAUGUUAAUGUAAAAGUGGUGAAUUUAGAGUAGUUUAAGUAUGUUCAUUCAGGCAAUGUAGUGAAGAGCAAAUCUUUGUUUUAGUUUGUUAAAUUUAGACUCCAGUAAUCUUUUAUUAGUAAAGAAUUGCUUAUUCUUUCUCCAAAAAUCAACAUUUCAACCCAUUGUGUACAAGCUGGAAUUAUGCCUUUUUAAAGUUAAAAAUAGAGCUGUUUUUUUGGCCUCAUAAAAAGUGCUUUGUCCGGGACAUUUCCCUCUUAUAGGACAGUAACACUACAAGCAGAUAGUUACUCAUAAUAGAUCACCGUUAUCUUACGGCUAUUGCAAAGCAGAAAGAUCAGACUGAGGUAAAAUAAAAGUUUAAUCUUAUGAAUUGUCUCUUAGUUAUUAGGUUUUAGCCCAAUAAAGUCAGGAGUUAACUAUUGUUCACUCUUGGCUCUUUAAGAAAAAUGGUCCCAUUUUUGACUCGGGACACUCCAGAGUACUUUGUAAUAAAAUAAAAUAAAAUAAAAUAAAAUAAAAGAACUGAUAAAGUAACAACAGUAAAUGGAAAUACAUUUUGGUGAUAAAGCCUGGCUGUUUUAGAGCACUACAGGCAGUUCUUAGAUGCCGGGAACGGCACAACAUCUUAAACUGAAAACAGCACUCUGUGUUUCCUCUUUGGGUUAUACUAACCGAGCAGUUCCCAGAAAAGUUACGUUUGUUAUUGGCACUCUUGGGUUUGUAUAAGAGUUUCCAUGGAUCAGUUUAAAAUAGCAAAGUCAUAGGGUUCAAGAAACUACACUGACAUUAAGUUUACAUAAGGGAUACAAACUGGUGAGUGCCCUAUUUGUGCGUUGGUGAGUCAACGAAAUCUUGAUAAUAUAUAUGUGUCUGGGAAAGUCCUCCUCUCGAUAAUAUUUCAGCUCCUGUAAAAUAGGACUGGGUUUCAGAAAAGACUGUGCAACAGUGGGCUAGCUUAGCGACAGGGUGCCAACCAGCCAACAGGCUUUCCUUCAAGUAAGGUGGAUUGAAUGUUGAUUGAGUUUGACUGAUAAGAACUUAUCUAUUUUGACACAAAGUGAAUCUGAGAAACGUUACUCUGCUGGAAAAUCAUUAAACAUCAUAUGAUCACCAGAUCCCAGAUCACCAUGCCAAAGCUAACCUAGUCAGGCCAGAUUAUGUUCCAAGUCCCAGCUAGAAUGUAUUUUAAAUUAAUCAGACACUGCUACCUGUUGCACUACAGAGCCACUGACUGAACAAAGCUGUGCAGUUAGGACACACUGCUUUAGCAGGUCAUCUGUACAAUAAACUUAUGAUUAUGACACUGGGUUAUGUUGAGAUUAGAUUCCUGGUUUCUUAUCAAGUCAUUUCAAGACAAGUUUUGCAGUGAAAGCCAAAGAUAUCAGCCUGUGGGUAUCAUUCACAGGCAAGAAGAGAUCAGUUAUUGCUGUGUCACAUGAUAAACUGAAGGUGCCUAGAGUUUAUCAGAGGUAAAACCAACGCAUUCUUAUUUGAGGAAAAAUAUAUUUCCUGCAGACUUUACACGGCGUCAUUCCCAGCUUAUAAAUCAGGAACAUGUUAGGAAACCUACUUUUGGUCUACAAGGCCUUGUCCACAGGUCUUAGAUUUCUGUUCAGUCACAAUACCUUCAAUCUAGCAGAAAUGUGUCUGUUUUACCCUGUUCUGGUGGUAUACCCUUUAAAUGUAGCCAUGUUGAAGGAUGUAGUGUCUCUUAGUUUUGAUUGAGGGGCCCCAUGCGGCAUGAAUGCACACCCUCUGUUUGGCUCAUCUAUCCACCACAACAUCAUCUGCACAAGUCAUUUCUCCUGGUGUGUCAUCUGUGUGUCAUCAAACAAGAUGCACAGGGAUACAGCAGUCACACACGACUGAGUAAUAUAAUGAGAGAUAUUCCAGAAGCAGUAAUAAAGAGCACAAGAUCUGUAAACCAUAUGAAUAAUGCUCCAUCACCUCUCAGUACUGUUGAUUUAACUUAGAAUCAACAUACUGUACUUUGUUAAGACUUUCACAGUUGCUAUCUCAUAUGCCAAAGGCCAUUGCAGAAAAACACGGUACCAUAACUAAGAACACAAAGAUGUGCCAAAAAGUGGCACCAAGAAGAUAUUGUGCUGCUAUAGGAGUGCCUUUAUUGUGACUUCAUGUGUUGAUGGAGUCAAAUCAAUUUUCUAUCUUCAAAAGGCACCAUCUGUUUAUGGUUCAACUGCUUAAAAAUAUCACCACUGGAAUAAAGUAUACCAGCACUAGUGGGAUGACUGCAACUCUUUCUCUCUCAUUCUCCUUCUCUUUCUUUUCUCUCUCUAUUGUCUACAAGCUGUUUGCACUGUGGGUUGUUAACUUAAGUAACAGAUUUAAACAGAUUUUUGAAAGUUUGAAAAACAGGUUAUACUUGUCUCAACUUAUGUCAGGGAGCAUGGAGUCUUUAUUUGUAGGAAAAAUAACAACCAAUCAACAAGUGUUUUCUGUAUUGUUGACAUUGAAGAGAUUAGAGUCAGUGAAUAAUAUUAGCUUUCUACAAAACUAACUUAAUAUUAAAGUUUGUCAAUUUCUGUCCAAAAUUUCUAUGAUGUUGUUCUUCUGAUUUUCUCCAUUUUCAGUUUAUUGACACUGUUACCCAUAAUGCAGUUAUUAUCAAAUCUAAGUUCACACUUAUUUAUGUUAACCAUCUCUGGGAGGAGAGAGAGCGAGAGAGAGAGAGAGAGAGAGAGAGAGAGAGAGAGAGUAGGUGUGUGUGCUGUGUGUGUGUAUUUGGGUGCCUGUAAUCACGGCAGGAUGGAGAACAAUACUGAAAGCUUGAUAAUGCUCUCUCACACACACACACACAAAGACACACACAUCCACGUAAAGGUCAGGCAUGAGUCUAUACAAGGAAGUAAUAUUGUUAUUAAUGAUGGGAGCACUUGUGAAAGACAUAAAUACACACACACAUACACACACAGAGACUUUUUAAAGCAGCUGAGUUUUGUAAAAACAGGAAGGGAGGAACGUCUUAGCAAGAAAAAGUAACUGAUGAAAGAUCAGAGAGACUUGUAUUUAUCUGAAACUGUUUUAUUCACUCAAAAUGUGGUUUUAUGAUCUCUUUUUUCCUAAAGGCAGAUUUUAUCUUUUUGGUCCAGAAUCUGAAGCUUUGAAGAACGAAUCACCAAUAUCAGCCUUUCAACACUGAGAGCUAUUGUAAAAAAACGGAAAAGAGACUUCUUUUGAUCUCAGAGUAUUUUUUAUAUUAGGUUACAUGAAAACAGAAUCAUUAAAAAGUUAGAGUGAAAAAUAUGAAAAAUCAACACUUCUUGUGCUGUUUGGUUAGGAUGGCUACAUUUAAUAUGAAUCAAAUAUUACAAAAUUUAUGAUUUUUUGCAGAUGAAUAAAGUAUUUUGGCAGCACAUAAUAUCUUAACAUUAAAUCAACUCAUAAUAUCACACCAAAAUUAGGACUUUUGGGUCUUUUGGGAUUUUAAGGAUUCUUUGUCAUUGUUAAACCAGAGCAGGUGGUCUUGGUUUCAUGCAUUCGCCUGCCAAUGAAGCUGCAGUCUUAAAUGAUCCCUGAGAGAAAAAGAAAUGGAGUGAAAUGUGUCCUGUAUGUGUCACAUGAUUAGCCACUAAAGCUAACACUGAUGACAAAGAUCUAAUCAUGUAAACAUAAAAUGCUUUAAAUAUGCACGUUAUUACAUAGAGGAAAUAAAAACAGAACAAAUGACCUCAGCCCUGCCAAAAGAGAAGCUUGAAAUCCUCACCAAUUAUCAAUACUGAAUGCCAUGAAAAGAGUGAUGGGUUGUCUCAGUUUUGGGCCCUUUCUAUUUAGCAACUAACGUCAAGAUUAAAAUCAUUUAAGAUUAAAAAACAACAACAACAACCAAGGUCUUGUUGAAACUUAAAACAAUUUAUGUGUCAUCUAAACCAUAUUAACAUAUGAAGAGGGACAGAUGUGAAACCUUGUGGCUUGUAUAGACACUAUAUUACUUAGACAUAUUUGUCAGGUGACUAUGGGAAUUACACAUGAUAAGAAAUAAGUGAAAUCAGUGCAGUAAUUUGCCGUAGCUCUCACCAUUUAUCCAUUCAUUCAUUACUUUUUUUUAAUGUAAUUUUUGCAGCAUAAUUAAUGACAGUUUAUAAAAAAGUAAAAAUCUUUGCUAGAACAGCCUGUAGUUCCUCACAAAACACAUCAAAUGAUGCUUUUGGAAAAGGAGGUAACUCACCCUACAGCCAUAACAACCUCCACUCCAGAGACACAGCCAACACCAGUGACAACUGAACAUUUUUUACUCUAAAAAGCUAACUCCUGCAGCUGAAAAUUGCUGCAGGUUGCACCUUUAUAAGUGUAUGAAACGCAUUUCUAACAGUUAAAGAGAUACUGAGCUGAAGUUUAAAUCAUCUACUUCAGGCAGCUUUAAAAAACAUCUGUUUACAUUUGAUAUCCACACAAGAACAACCAAAAUGUAAGAGUAAAACAAAAAGUUAGCAGCAUUUGUUGAAAAAUGUCCUCUUUCAACACAAACAGAAAUUAUCAUGUGAGAUUGAAUUUGUUAGUUAGUUAAUUGGUUAAUUUGUUAGUCUGUCCUGAUCUCCUAGGAAGUUGCCAGCUGCGAUGUACCGACUCAUUAGUACUAACUUUUUCUCAGAACAGACUCUUAUCUAACACCAGUCAUGUUUCUGGGAAUGUAAAGCUGCAAAAAUAGUCUUUGUACUAUUUUACUUUAAUUAUAAUUUUAAAUCAGAAUUGCCUGUGGCAUAUAGGACAUACCAAUAGUGAGACUAACUGUGUGUGUGUGUGUGUGUGUGUGUGUGUGUGUGUGUGUGUGUGUGUGUGUUUACAGUUGUCUACUAAGUUUCCUUCCCCAGAGACGGACAGAACUGACUGUGGGAACCGAGAGAGAGGCUAAACUAAGGCAUGGGCAUAUAGACAUUUUUAUUAAUGGGGUCAUGUCGGGUGGAGAGGAGGUCACAGAGUCAAGAUAAUACAAGAACACACACACAAACACAAACACACAAACACACUUGCCAUCUACCAUCACAGGAACCAAGCUGCUUUAGGAAAAUCCAGUUCAGCUGUGGUCUUCAGCAAGUUUCCACUGAUUAAUCCAAAACUUCAAACCAAUUUCUGGUAAACUGGCAAAACCAAAAAUAAUAUCUCUUCAAAGAAUCUUUUGUGAAUUGAUUCUUUGGAAAACACACUGUUGGUGGACCUUUUUUUUUUAAAGUUAUUAUCAGGGACAUGUUUGCCUUUUUAUGAUGGUACAGCUGAAGUGAGGCAGGGAAGGCAUGCAGCUGGAGGCAGAAUCAAACCCGAGGCUGAGAGGAACCACAAAGUUUCUGACUUUAGCCAAAACACAUGUGACAGGAACCUCAAUAGAUGAGAUAAAACAACAUGUUUAUUCUUAGAAAAUCCCUUCUUUUUUUUUUUGCCCAUGCAGAACUUGACCCGGUUUCAAACUACGAAUCAGUAUUUUCCCCUAACGCUCUCUGCUACCUCUCUUGUUGCACACAGGUUAGAAGUUUUUGAUCUUGGUUGUUUUGUGCUGAAAAGUGCACAUUAAAGUUACUUUGCAGAUAUACUCAGUAGUCACAAUGUGGAAAAAACAUACAGCAUAAUAUUGGGUUCUUUUUUUGUUUGGGACAAAGAUCAGUGGUAUCAUGGUGUUUAUAAAUCCCGUCGAGAAGCACAAGAACCUUGAAGCCUUGUAGCACCAAACAUUUUAGUCACUACUUCAUUUUUCUUUCACGUCAUGUUCUGUACAUCUUCAAUACGUGCAGCUGAACAUGAAUAUUGGUUAAGAAGAUGUAAAAUACACCUCUGCUGAUAUUCAGUCCAACAAAUGUUUAGUUUAGUUCUGUAACACCCUCACAGGCGCUGGUUGGCAAUGAAGAGGUUUUCACAGUAUUUCAUUGACCAUUGAUUAUUGAUUUGAUUUUAUUGUUGAUGAAAAGCAUUCUGGGAACUGUGGGACAUAACCCAAGGCAGGAAGAUAUUGGUCAAAAAAUAGAUGCACCAAAAGCACAAGCUUAAACUCCUCAGUUGAUUUCCACUGCACUGAGUUUAGGCUUGAAACAAAAAGAAACCCCUCUUAUGUGCCACUUCUGCACAGAUCUUUUGUUGGUUUAAAUGAACCUGGUCUCUGGUCUCCUCUCUAUUUUUAGGUGAAUCUUUUACCUGCUGGUCCAUUGCCUAGAGACAGAUUUUGGGUGAGCUGAACAUCAGUGCUGAGCGUGUGAUCAGUCAUGGCAGACUGGAGCUUACUGGGAAACUUCCUGGAGGAAGUGCAAGAGCACUCUACCUCGGUCGGCAAGGUAGUGUUUCACAAACUCACACAGACAAACACACUCAUAGACAACUGCACACACACACACACACACACACACACACACACACACACACACACACACACACACACACACACACACACACACUGUAUGCCAGCCAGCAGGGCACCAGUCUGACUUCCUAUCCAUGCUGGAAAAAGAGAUAAACAGACAUUUCAUAUGCACCCAAAAUAAAAUACUUAGUUAUUUCCUAAUCUCCUGUUUAUAUAGUUUUCUAGUGUCUGUCUUGUAAUGAGAAGACAGAAAGUUUAUGUCAGAAUAAGUUGUUUAUAUUUAACGAAAAUAUAAUGAUGUAAUCUACAAGACUUUAAAGGCACAGUUUGCAAUUUCUGAGUCUCCCAGUCAAUAAAUAACAAGAGUCCUUUGAUGCCAUGAGGUAGCGUGAGAUCUUAGGAAAUGUUUUUUUUUUCCAUUUCAAACGUACAAUAUCCCUGAUAGAAAAACCCAUGCAAUGUGAAAAAUUCAGGUCAGGUCACUGUAUGAAGUUUUCUCUUGUUAAAAAUAUGAAAUUGUUUUGAUUAAUUUUACACAUGACGUACAUUUAAUAACCUAAAAUAAUAUCUGCUCUCUGGUUUUAUAGGCAAGCAUUUAUAACCAUAUUUAUUUUUAAAAGGAGAAGAUUAUACAGCUGUGCAGACCUCAAAAAACCUUGAACAAAGUAAAUCUUUACAUGUUAUUGUUUCUGUGGUUUCAUGUCUGUCUCGUUUGUUCCUUAUUUUCUGCUCCACAGGUGUGGUUGACCAUCCUGUUUAUCUUCCGUAUCCUGGUGCUGGGGACUGCUGCUGAGUCGUCAUGGGGAGAUGAACAGGAAGAUUUCGACUGUGACACUGAACAACCAGGCUGUGAGAACGUCUGUUAUGACCGAGCCUUUCCUAUAGCGCACAUACGAUACUGGGUAAUGUGAUCAACCUGAUGUCAUGUGGGGUAAUAGCUGUGGGGUAAUCCUGAGAAACCUUAAUUUGCUUGUUAUUCUAACUGAUUACGGAGGUCCUACUGGUUGUUCUGAGUGUCUACUACCUGGCUGUUGUGAAUACUUAAUUUUGGGUAGCAAAACCUGAUCCCACAUGUCAAAUCAAACGUUUCCCUGUAAAAUAAUUCUGGUAUUUUUCACCUUGGCAUGUUGACAUUGCAGCAAUAGAGUAACCAAAUUAGUUUUGAUAUUACCUAUAACUUACAUUGAAAGUGAAAAACUCAAAUUAUUAUGAUACUGGCUGAAAGUAAGGAAAAUAAAGGGAAAAGUAGCACAGAAACAGGGAGGACGAGAUAGAAACACAAUCAGAACUUGUGAUGAAAAGAUGUCAACUAACUUGAAUAGGGCUGAAACAAACACAACACAGAAAACGGUAUGAGUUUUGGCAUUGUUAAAAGACUGGACGGUUGAAAAGAAAAUGUCAGAGUUCAGGAGUUCUGGCACAACUUCACCAACAUCCAAUGUGCUUGGAGAAAAAAGGUCUUGAAGAGAUCAAAAGAUCAAAAGAACCCUUUUAGUUCAGGAAACAACUUUAUUAGACCGACUCGUUCCAGCUUGUGGCCUUCAUCAGGGUCAUCAAAAAUGCAUUACAAAUGACCCUUAAAAAGAUUUGAAAUUUAAAGAAAAUUUCAAAGAGUCAAACAAUUACAAGAUUUGAUCAGUCAUGUGCAGUUACAUCUGAGUCAGCCAGUGGAAAAUGUCAACAGCACUCAGGCCCCUAUUUAUGUCCGAUUAGGCCUCCCUACCACACCAAAACGAGAGUUUGGAACACUCAAACCCGAUAAAUCUGAAUCCAAAAAAACAAGUGGAGAAAUAAAAAUAUAUCCGUAUAAGUGGAUUAGUGUGGUUGAACUUUUACGGAUCGAUGACGUCAAACCACAGCUGGCGCAUGCGAAUUAAAAAGAAAAACAACAACGAUGGCGGACAUACAGGGUAUUCUUUACGUUUGUUUUGCCCUUUUGGGGCUAAUUUCAGCCUCGCAAGUGAACCUUGUUUUAUACAAUUACAUCCACCAGUCAGCCAGCUCACAGACGUGUCUGCUUUGUUAUAGCCGCCACACUGUCACAUGGGGACCCGACGCACUAGCGUAGCUUCCGUAAACAAUGCAUGACACAUCACGCUAUUACGAUUCAUCGGCCAAUCAGGUAGCUUUGUUCCUGAAUUUUUUUUAAGCGGCACCAGAUAGGAUUGAGUUUGAAGGCUAUGUGUAGACGCAGAUAUUUUUGAGAACUAACACGUGUGGACAGAUACAUGUAUUUAGACGGGAGUACAAAAAUAUCCUGAUAAAUAAAUAUCUAUAUACGUGUAGUCCAGGCCUCAGUCAAGUACAUUUUAUGGAGGCUUGAAAGCAGCAGGAAGAAAUUUUAUCCUUGAAUUAAAUUAAAUCUUUCUGCCUUUCCCUCUGCUACCAAGUAUCACUCUGCAAAGCCCCUCCUAUCAAUACAACUAUAGUGUGCACAAGCAUUUUGCUGAGAUUUUACUUUGGAGUCAAGAUUAUAACUGCUACAAAAGCAUAACAAUAGUAUCCAGGUUGACAUAGCUAGCUAAGCAGUAGCCCUAUUAUGGGGUAUCAGUUUGCAUGGCUAAGUGUCAUACAGGGCAACAAAGUUAUAAAUGCUUUAGAAGCCUUCUAACUCAUGGAUAUAAAGAUGGUAUUUAAUUCAAAACUUUCUUGCUAAGAAAGUUUGUAUAAAAAAGUGCUAGAGUUAUCACGUGGAUGGUCUUCUACAUUAAAGCCUAGCGCUUACAUUUGCUGUUUCCUGUCCUGUAGUCAUAGGACAAGCUGCACACAGCUCUGUAGUCCCAAAAACUUCUGCAGGUGUCGCCAGUUAAAAACUUUACUCUGACUUGACCCUCUUCUUUUUUUUUGCUGACAAAAGUGACUAAGAAACUAGAUGAUGCUAGAUUGAUUGGCUAGUGAUGCGCGUGCUUUUACAUGUAUGCUAAUCCUGAUUGGUUGUUUGAUUUAGUCUUGAUGAGGUUAGGAUAUAGAACUUAAUUACAAACUUUCCCUGUGUCCUCCCAGGUGCUCCAGAUUGUGUUUGUGUCCACUCCCAGUCUGAUCUACAUGGGCCAUGCCAUGCACACUGUCCGCAGAGAGGAGAAGAGGAGGAGCAGAGAGGAAGAGUCAGGCGAAGGGGGCGGGAGAGAGGCAGACCCUGGCGGAGGAGAAGGAGGAGGAGGAGAAGAGAAACAGGGGAGGAAAGGAGAGAGGGAUGAUGAAAAGGAAAAAAGAGAAGGUCCAUCUGCAGGUCGUAUCCGUCUGAGGGGCGCGCUUCUACAGACCUACAUACUGAGCAUACUGAUACGAAGCAUCAUGGAGGUACAUGUACCUUUAGCUGGGAGCUUUUAAGCUUCUCUUAACUCCAUGUUUUUGGUUUUGCAUGGUUUGAUUCAGCUGAGGUGCACUUUUCCAUGAGCAGCAAACAGAUGUUUUAAACAUGUAAGCCUUCAAAAGACCACCACCUGAUAAAGGUCUGUAGCUUAUGGAAAAUAAUGGUACAUCUGGCAACAAAUCUGGAUUCCUGAACAGCAACAAACAGAUUCAGAUUCAGACAACGUUAUUAAUCCCCGGUCAAAGAACAGACAAAUGCCAGACAUUCACAGUAUGGCCCAAACAUUACCCUGUCAGCAAUAAUUAAAUAUAUUGAUAAUAAAUACAUGUGCGAAACGUUCAACAGUGAAAUGACUAAAAUGCCAUAAGAAAUAAUGCCAUAAAAGAAGUAAAAUAAGAACUUAAAUCAUCCUGAGACCCCAAUUUCAACACAGGCCACCAAUCAGCUACUUCCCAGCAUUGCUGAGGGGAUAAAUGAGUUGGAGUACCUAUUUGUUUUCCUUGGGGGAGCAUAGAAGCGCCGCCCAGAGGGCAUAAGAGAAAAGUCGAGGAAGAGAAUGGCCCUCAUUUAUCAAUCUUGUGCAGAUCUGAGCGCAGGAUUCAUCCUACGAUAGGACACACGUGAGAUUUAUGACAGGGUUCGUAUCUGACCAACCCUAGCGCACGUUUGAUUGGGUCUUGAUAAAUGCAGCGGCUGAAAUCGAUCGUCAUUAACAUGUUUACGCCCUUAAAUAUCUGGGUUCAGAAGCCUCGCCCACUAAGGCCAAACAUGAAAGAGGAGAAAUAUUAGAAAGAUGCGAAACUUUUCCGAGCUGAAAGUGGAUAUCCUCACAUCUGUGGUGGAAACUAACAGGGAUUUUCUCUUUGGAAGCAUCAAAACUGGAAUAAAAGCAGUCCAGACAGUGGCUGAAGUUUGAAUAAAUCAUUAGUCAAUAAGUUGCUCGUGAUGAUAAUAUCUCAUACAUGCCUCAUAUUUUUUAUUGCCAUGAUAUGGGGUACGUUGCUCCUAUUAUUGAAAGUCUUUAGUUUUAAUUUGUUGCUUCUUUGUAAUGUAGAGCAGACUGAAGAGUCUGACAGAGGCUGAACAAAAAUAAUUAUUAACGUCACCAAACGGUGUGUUGCUGCCUCUGAGGCACAUUUUUAUGGAUUUCUAUUGGAUUUUUUAUCACUGAUUAAAUAGCAAGAGCACUUUCUAAACUUAUAUUUUACAUAUCAGAAUCCAUCAGGUCCUCUCGUUGCACCGGCACAACCAACGGCACUAUAUUCGCCAGAGCAACAUUGUGUAAAACUGAACUGGCUCAAAUGAUGUCCCACACUCUUUCAGGAGUGUUCAACAACGUCCCCACUGCUGGACCAAGACAAAGACACCUGCCUUGUAGAAGCCAAAUGCAGCGCUCCACAGUAGCGCGUGUACGUGUGUGCGUAAUGUUGAAAUGGCGCUCCUGCUCUGUGGCAGUGUUUCUGGGCAGAGUUAUCAAAUAGGCCUAUUCACUAAGGACAUAACAAAUUUAUUUUAUUUACGUCUUAAUCUUUAAUGAAAUCUGGCUGAUUGUGCUUAAUGACAGGUUUGAGGUUUGUAUAUCAAUGAUUUUGAGACAGACAUUUGCUGCACUGCAGAUCCACACUGACUCAAACUUGUGUUCAUGAUGUCAGACCUGUCAUGAGAUUUGGUCAUAGUUUACGGUCACGUUUAGAUUGAUAAAUGACGAUCCUCACGUCAAAAUUGUCGUACGCAAGGUGUACGCAAGUUUUCUGCCGUACACAAGCUUGAUAAAUGAGGGCCAAUGUGUCUGGGCUGGUCCAUAAUUCCCCUGGCUUUCUGGACCACUUGUUUCUCACAGAGAGAGCUCAGGUCCAUCAGCUGUACUCCAGUAAUUUUGACUUAAUUACUAUCUGGUUCAGGCUAUCUCUGUCCUUUACUGAUAAUCCAUGAAACCAUCAGAUAAAAGAGAAUGUUAAAAGACUUUCAAUUAAAGAAUGAUGAAAACAAGAUAGGAUGCCCUCAGAAACACUAGAAGAUCUCAGUUUCCGCAACAAGGGAAUCCUUUGUUGACCUCGUUUAACUAUUGCCUCUGUGCUCUGAACGAACUUUAGGCCAGAGUCAAACAUCGUUCCAAGAUACUUGUAAGAAUCAACAGUCUGUACUUCUUCACCAUGGAUGAUGCUAGCCUCAAGUGAAGGCCCCCGGUCAGUCCGUCCAAAGGUGAUGAUUGUUUCCUUUGUCUUUUGGACAUUGAGAUCAAGGAAGCCGUCAUCACACCGUUCAACAAACAUUGAUAAAGCAUCCCCAUAGCCUGACUCCAAGCCUUGGAGAAGAGACAGCAGAGCUGUAUCAUCUAAGAACUUGACCAGAAAGCUGCUCUCAACCAUAUCCCCCGAAAAAAUGUGACUGGUGUCCAAAACAGCAUGUUUUCACCAAUGAAGAGUGCAAGCAAGUUCAUAUUUGGGCUCAUAAAAAGCACAAAAUGUCAUUACGUAAAUGUGUUAUCUAAAGUAAGUGACUGCAUUUUUUGUUUCGACAUGGGACAUUAACAGUGUGUCUCAAGUUGUUUGUACCCAUUAAUUAGGGUGACCAUUUUCUGAGGACAAGACUAUACGGGGGUGGAGUCACAGAGUCGCGCAUAGUUAAUUUUAAUAGGUUUUUGGGUUAGGUUGAGUGUUUUUUUAUGUGCCUCUAACUCAGUAAGUCAACAUGACACAAACUUAAAACCCCCCAGACAAAGUCGGACAAAAUGGACAGCCCCCCAAAAAGAGGAAAUGUCCGGGUAAAAGAGGACAUAUGGUCACCCUACAUUAAUCCACCCUUACCUCCUUAUAAUGCCAACUUUGCUCUUAACACUAAACACCGUAUGACUCCAGUUUUAGCUCUGUCAUAUUAACUGUGAAUAAACAAUUUCCCCACAAGAGGAUGUGAUAAGCUGCUAGCAUUUGGUAAAUUAUACAGUCUCAUUUUAGUACAAAGCCAGAUGUUUCCCCCUGGAGUUUCUGGAAACCAAAACAGAGCUUUAAAGUAGGAUGGAAAUUGGAUUUAGGUCAACCAGAGUGCUAGAUUCAUGACUUUGAAUGAGUGAUAUUGUGUCUUUAUGUUUACUGGAUAAAUGAAUAAUCCGCUUUUUGAUGAAUGCUUAUAAGUUUGCAUCUGGGCCACAUUUAAUGUAUUUAGUUUUUGUGUUACUUCCUUUUGAGCCAGUCAUUGACCUCUCUUUAGGAAUUACAUAAUCGAAUUUCACUUAAUAAAAGGGAUGUAUGCUUUUGAGAUACUGUUGACACAGUCUAAUGUAAUACAUUGUGCCAAUAUUGUAUAUUGUAACAAGACUUGAUUAAAAGUGGGGGGGGGGAAAGAAAACAGACAGUGUAGUAGUAGAGCUGCUACUCAUCCCAACAUUACUGAAUAAGCCUUAAGGUUAUUCAACAAGCAGACUGUAUGUGGUGGACUCAGAGUCAGUGUUAGUGGGUGCCCCGGGUCUGGUUGAUGUGGACAGCUGCAGCCUAGAACAAAACACUGAGGCUCUGCUCUUAAUGCACCGCAGCCACUUGCUGUAGGCAGUGUUUCAAAAAGUUUGCAUUUGGGGUCGAAGGGGUCAGUAUUUAUGCUCUGUCUGUCUCUGCUGAUUCUUGCUGGUCUUGUGAUAGAUAAGCUCCUGAUAUAGGCUGAUGAUUUUAGUGUGGCUCAUUAUUGUACCCUCUUGGUAAUUCUAUAGCUGGCUGGUGCAAGACGGAGCUAGAGGAAGACGUAGUAAAGGAGGAAAAAGAGAACCUGGGUUGUCAUUGGGUAUUUCCAUGUUGUUUAAUUGCUCAGUUAGUGUUUUUAAGUGCAGUUUUUUGUUAAUUGUACAAGAGUGUCUCUAUUUGGUACAGCUUUGUAUUUAAAUUCCUCAAGCCAUGGGCAAACGUUUUUCCUUUUUUUUUUCUUUUUUUCUUUUGCCCUUAGAUGAUAUACAAAAAGGGACUCUGACCUAAGUGUGGGGUGUGUGUACCAGCAUUUCAAAGCAUCAAGUUUGGCGCAGUCAUUACUAUGCUUUAUGGUAUCAAAGAUGACAAGGGAGACACACACUACUGCCAUGUCUAAUUGGGAUAUCACCAUGGAGGCUCAUUUAGACCAAUAACACUAAAAGAUGACAUUUUAGGACUUCUAUGUUGCCUUGUACCCUGUGGUGACAAUUUGUGUUUUCUGUCACAUUUACUUCUUUUUGCCUCCAGCCAAUACUGUCGCAUCAUCAUGACGCUGACCCUGAAGGGGUCUGCACUGCUUUACCAUCAAUCCUUGCAAACAAAAUUUACAAACUAACAUUGUGUUGUAUUUCAGGACAUUUGAAACUAGUGGUUUAGAAAAUACAUUAAUUGACAGAGUCUUAAACCAAAGAAAAGGGUGUUUUUAUAUAUAUAUAUAUACUUGUGUUGCAUUGAUGUGGCUCUUUUUGCAAACAAUGGAGUUGCUCCCCUGCUGACAAUGAAUGAUAAUAAUGCAGGAUUAAGGCACUCCUGCUGUAAUAUGUAUUUGGUAUACUGCUUUAUCGUUUUGAUUAUUGUAGAUAUUUUUAGCAUACUGAAAGUGCUAGCUCAGCUUUAAAUCCAACCACAGGAGAAGAGUUAGGGCUGUAGGGGAAUUUACGCCCUCUGGCAAGGUACAACAUUCACCUGUCAGUCAGCCUUUCAUGGCAAAUUUAUGCAUAACUCACAGACUUCAUCCAAACAUAUGAGCUUAAAAAAAUUCGCCUCCAUUCAAUAUGUAUAAUAAAAUGAACUUUUUUUCAUUUGGCAAAUAACCAUGUAUAUUAUAUCAUGGAGAUCUUGGUUUUCGCCUGUCUCUCAAACCGCUGCUUUUUGCUAUUUCCCAUUGGCUUCAUCUUUCAACUCCAGAGAUGCCUGCCUGAUUAUGGUACAUUAUGGUACAAGUCAAGGUGUAAAGGGAUUAAAGGGAUAUUCCAGUAUAAAAUUAAGUCAGGGUAAAACACACUUUUACACUGAGUUAGACACCCCCUGGAGAGAUGAAUGUUGCUGACUGCUUGCUUCUCUAGUUAUACCAACUUUAGUAAUGACCGCACAAUAGCAAUACACAGCAGUCUACGUCUCCACACGCAAACCUCAACCAAAACGCCACUCUAUAGCCACAAAUGAUGCUCAGAACAGCACCUAACUUCAUCAACAGUACAUAUAGAGUCCAAGCCACCGUAUUAGACAUCAAGCAUAUUUUUAACUUUGGCUAAUUUCUUUAGCAAAGAGACCAAAUACAAUUCACCUACUCUCCUCCAGCAGUUGCUUGUUUGUGGGGGAGCCUUGACAAGUCGAUCACUGAGUGCAACAGAUCAUUUCCUUGAAGUAAUAAUCAUCAUAUGAAUCAUUUUGCACCACAGACAUGGUAGUUCUUCUGCUUUAGCAUCUUGGUCUGAUUGCAUUUCCAUGAAGUAAUGAUCAUACAUGUUCUUCCUUGAGCUGUAAAACUCUGCAGCACUCUGUGAUCAACUUGUCCAAGCUCCCCCACAAACAAGCGGCUGCUGGAGGAGAGUGGGUGAGUUGUGUUUGGUCUCUUUGCUACAGAAACCAGGCAAUAGGUCCCAGCCAUAGUACUACUAGCCAUCAAACAUCUUUUUAGCUUUGGCUGGUGUUAAGAUGUGUUAGACCCCAACUUAUUUUUACGCCUGAAUAUCCCUUUAAUGAUCCCUGGGGGAAUCACCAGCUACCAAUCAGCAUUAAGUGCUCAGUACUGACCUUAAAUUAGCCCCAUUUUUGUUAUCUUAUAAUUAAUUUACUAAUAGAAAGAAGAUAUUCUACGCUAUUGUUGCUUUUGAUAUUAGUGUAUUACAUUUAUUUGGUUGUUCAUGCUAUUGUACUUUUUUGACUCUUUGACAUUUUAGUAAUUUAGAUUACUUUAACACAUAACUGACAAUUAUUAAUAACUAUGUGAGUAAUUCUUCAACCACCAUAUAAAACUGACUGUGAUUGGCUCUCCAUACAGGUGGUGUUUCUGUGUCUCCAGUACUUUCUGUAUGGGAUCUUCCUUAAUCCUCUGUAUGUCUGCAAGGUAAAAUCAGACAUUUAAAUCACUCUUAAACAUUGUGACAAUAAAAUAUGAUAUUGUGUUCUUAUCAACCAUAUUCUCCUCUUCCCUCUCAGGCCUGGCCGUGUCCCCAUACAGUCAACUGCUAUGUGUCCAGACCGACAGAGAAGAACGUCUUCAUUGUGUUCAUGUUGGCCGUGUCAGCCGUUUCCCUGGCCCUCAGUGUCCUUGAACUGCAUCACCUGGCAUGGAGGCACUGCUGCAGGUUGUCAAGUCUUUGUGUGUGUGAUUUUUCCAAACAUUUGUGGAGGAAGUUAGAGUUAAGAGCACCCCUGUGCCAUUAAAUACUGCAGAGGGCCUUGGAUGUAGACUUUAAGAUUUAAACUUGUGUUUUUUAAGUUCUUAGAAGUUUACAGACUGACAGUAGUUUCACGAACAAAAUAAAAUACAGUGGUAGGUCUAAUAACAAAGACGUUGUAUGAUUAAACAAAGUUUUAAGAUUUUCUAGUGCGCUACUACCAACAGUUUUUGAAGUCUUCAUGCACAUUGGAGAUACUAAAUUAUCAAAGCAGUAGGACCAUUAUCCACAAGUUAUGAAAUGUUCCAGCAUGUUAUAUGCUAGUGGCUGAAAGGGGCAUCUUUUGAAAAUAAGACCAUAAAAUCCUGAUUUUUUUCUGAGUGUGGCUGCCAGGCUUUUCUGUGAUCUGCUUUGGGUUUAGGAGGUUUCUUAAAAAAAUAAUGAAGAUCUUCUUAUAGACUAAAGAAGCAAUGAUAUAACAUUUUGAUAAAAAUCUGAAGCCAAAUUUGGCUCAGAAUACAAAUCAAAAAACCAUUUUCUGCCUUGAAAAGACAUAAGUUAAAUCAAAUUCUAGAACUUUUUACCAACUUAAGUAUUGUUUCUCCUCUAAAAAGUAAUCAAUUAUUGUCUGAAAGGGUAUGGGGAAGGGUUGGUGCAAUUAGUUGUCGUACUAAGCAUCUCAAUGGCCUAGUCAACUAAAAAAAAAGUCACAUCAAAUCCUGCAUGGACCCUAAGUGGCCUAUACAGCCCAUUUCUCAAAAGUCAAGGUCAAGGUUUCUAUAUCAGUACCUAAGAAGGAAAAAUAAAACAUUUUUCAGUAAUACAAAUUCAAAGUUUAAAGGACAUCCAGACAAAAUACAUUUAAACCAGCAAAGAGUGCUGAGAUAGACACUCACUUAAAAGUUAUCCUUACUUAGUUCAAGUGCAUAAUCUUUUGAUAGCAUUUGCUCAGUUGUGCUACAGCUGCAGGCAUUAAGUGUUACUGCAGCAUUUUGCUCCCAUGAGGAGCAACAAACCAAAAUCCAGAGUGAAUAAUCUCACUAUUUAAAGGAGGAGGACAUUAAUGGAAAACAAAGCUUGCCUUACGCUGUAUCUGUAAAGAUCAGAGAUCUGAUAGAUUGGCUGAGACUCCCUUGUUAGCUUUCACACCCACUUGAUGAUUUAGUAAAAAGCAUCUUUGUUUCUGAGAGACUAGUUAUUAAUGAUAGGAUAAGGAAAAAGAUGCAAUAAAAGCUCAAUGAGAUAAAAUAACAAGGUUGUCACGUUGAAAAUGAAACAGUCUUCUCAGUUAAAACACAUCGAUGAGCCUCCUACAAACCGGCAAAGGUCAGUCUGUAAUCUAUCACUGUCCCCAGAUUUUUGUAGCUUUCAUCACACUCAAGAGCUUGAUUUUUAAAAGCAUGAGUUCUUAAAUGAAUGACCACUUCCUUUGUCUUUGAUAACCUGAACUCUGAGGAAGAUUCACAGAUUUGUUUGGUGGAUUUGAAAAGACUGUUCAUUUUUACUCUUGGUUUCCUGGUUCUCCACAUAAAGGUUGUUUGUGUCUUUACAGAUGACCUCCCCUCACUGGCUACUGUACUUUGGCUCCAAAAUUUUUUGAUUUGGAGUGAAUGUACAAUAUAUUUCAAUUGUGAAGUUUGGAUGACCCCCAUAAAGCCUUAAUUUAUUCAGCUUGCAUUGAUUGGAAUUAAAUGAAAAGGGUCAACUGUGUGGGAAAUAAAUAAACCCUGAAGGUCGGAGACGUCUUUGUGUCGCUCCUUAAUUGCACGUAUCAUGAGAAAGCUAUUAUGUGGUUUGUGGUUGGGAGGGCCCUAGAUGAAGAAAGGAAGAGGUAUGAGCAGGAAACCAGAGGCAAAUCAGAGAAAUAAUAGCUGUUUUCAAGAGUCUGGGUAGAGUUCAUGGUAACCCAAUUCUGUCACUAAAAUGUCUCGCUCAAGGUGCAGUUACAAAUCUUGUGUUCCUAUCUUGUUUCAUGACUGUUCAUGGGUAUAAACUCUCAUUACAGGCGAUUCUUCCUCUCAGGAAAGGAUGUCACUUCUACUAAUCCCUCUCUGGCUAGGCAGCUCUCUAUAUCACCUCCACCACCAUCAACCCCACCACCUGACUUCAACCAGUGCGUUAUUGGCUCCUCACACUUCCUGUUCCCCAACCACCGUCUGGCCAACCAACAAAACUCUGAGAACAUGGCCACAGAGAAGCACAAAAUAGCCUCUGCUGUGGAAGACAUCAACCUCCUUCAGAUCAGCUGCUACUCCCCUGGAUGGCAAGAUACCAGCAAUGCUCAGAUCCAAGACGGCGGGUACAUGAGGACAGACACCAACCGCUUCAGCCCUGGGAGCAGGGAAAUUGGUUGCCCACAAAUCCAAAAUGGAGGCCCAGAUGGGCUGUUACUUUGCCCAAAUGUAGGGCUGUGUCAGAAAGACAAGAGGAGAUUUAGCAAAACCAGCGGGACAAGCAGUCGCACAAGAGCAGAUGAUCUCUCUGUGUAAGGAAAAAAAUACUGAUUCAACCAUCCACACACCUGAAAAUGUUUUUUUCUCCCAUUCUUUUAUUAUUAGAACUAUGAACAUAAUUCACAAAGACUGUGAUCAUGAACACUGACUUGAUUAGGAGACUUUUCGCCUCUCCAUUGGGAUGGAAAAAACAAAAGGCUCAAAGAUUGCACUAAACUCCUCACUGACAAGAAUCAGGGGUUCAUAUUGCAGUGUUACAGUCAAAUAUAGAGCAGUACAAUAACAUUCACCUGUUUAUUCAUAUAUGACAUGAUGAAAACUAAAACUAAUAAACUCUUUUAUAAGGGAUGGGCAGAUAGUUUUAAAGCUCCAAAGCUUGUUUUACUUGAAUAUAAUGAUGUCAAAGUUUUGGGAAUGCCACGUUAGAGCUUCAAACAUCAUCACAGCUACAUCUGCCCAGCUCUACUUUAAUUUCUUCAGAUUUUGUAGUCACCUUUUGAAUCUCAAUUUGAAAGAGAAAUCUGCCAUUCAUUUGCUGUAAGCGGACUGUUUUCAGGUUUGAGCUGAAAUCUUGUGUUUGAGUUUAGCAGUUUUUCUAGACUAGAUAACCAGCUUUGAUGGUGAUAGAUGUUUGCAGGUCAGCAUUUGCAUCCUAAAGCAAGUGUACUCUCCAAAGAUGACUCAUCACCAAUGUUUCCUCUUUUGUAGUUUUUUUUAUAUCCCUUAUAUCCCUUUUUUUUUAAAUCCUUUUAUGUCCCAGAAAAGUGGAGAGAUUAACAAUAAAUAAACAUUGCAGCUGUAGCGGCGAUUCUACUACGUUUAAGAUAUCAAAUUGCAUAUUGCUUUAAAUCAGCUGAAAUUAAAUCCUUCUUGUAGGAAAGUUUAUACAGGUGUAUUAAUGUAAAAGCACUAUAAUGCACUGUUUUAUCUUAGCCUCAGUGAAUAAACUGGUGUUCAGCAGUAAGUGAAUGACACUACACCCCCUCCCUCCUCUGCCUGGAUCAAGUCAUUUGGAAGUUGUUCGUUUCAUUCACCUGUCGUUCACUGACUGACUGACUGAAUCAUUUCCGUUCACAUACUGAAACAUGUCGUUCACUUACAAUUUUGGUCACAUAAUGAUACAUAUCGUUCAUUCGCUGUGAGUGAAUCAGGAGACUCCGCCCACCUGCUCGAUCACUGGCUGGCUGUGUGUCAUUCGCCAAAGAGUCAAAGGCGGCAGUUCCACUCCCAACCGGCAUGCCAGGCUCGCAGCUGAACUCAACUGAACUGAGAAAUGAACCAAUCGGGUCUUGGAGUGAUUCAGUUCACGUCAUUCAUUCACUCAGCAGUUCCGUACUUUUGAAUGAAAUGUUCAUAAAUGACACAACUCUACUUCUGGGAUAGUUUGGGAUCUGUGUAGGGUGACUGCUUGUAUUACAGAGACAUUACACCUUUUGUGCAAGCCGCUUAUAUACACAAGCUAAUGUUGUAGCACAAAAUGUUAAGCCUGUGAAAAUAUCAACACUGCUGGAAUCACGUUGAUGCCCAAAGCAACCUGUGGACUAAGUCUGAACUUGGUGAUUUACUUGCUGAAAAUGACUGUCAUUGAGCAGCUUUGACUACUUUAUUUAAUGUGAAGUGACGGGAACUACUGCUUGUUUUGUUUCAUUUAAGUAUUGUUGUUAUCAUUGCAGAAUGUUUGUUUGCCUUUAUUUGUCUGAUAUAUUUUUCACUUGUGUGAAAGCAAAGCACAAAUGUUGAUCACAUGUUCACAACACCUUGUUUUUAUAAUUUCAUGACCUUUUAAAAUCUCUUUGCUGAUAGAAUCCAGGUUUUGUGACAUCUAUGUAAGAUUUGAUGACCUCUGGCGAGGUUAUGCACUGUCAUGGGAUUUCACCUUUGUUUCACUUUCAUAUCUAGCACGUCAACACUACAAUCUUAGAUAGAAGCUCAUAAAUACUAUCGCAAUGGUAACAAGACAACUUUGCCACAUUUGAAAGGUGAUUUAUGGUGUCAGAUUUGAUUUACAGAUGUUAAAUAUUUCCUUGAUUGUAGUUUCACAUUUAUAGUUCCACUCUGAUACUAUGAAUGACGUAACAUGUUACAGAUAAAAAUCUAUGCAAACCUC